UUUAUUGAAUGAAACGAAUUCUCAAGGGAAUUACAGUACCACAGGUACUGGUUAAUUUAAUCAGUCUAUGAACCCAACCUUUAGUGUCCCUUCAAAUGAUAACCUGAAGUACAUUUGUAGGUUAUAAGGCUAGGUUUAAUUCCAAACCAGAUUAAGGCUAGGUGCGGGGUCUCCUUGUCCUGUUUGUGAUUACUGCAAGAAAGUAAGACAUGUAACGUCUCAAUGUUAUUUCCUUCAGCGCAGGGAGCAAAGACAAAAGCAGUCAGUUCUUCUAUGUCAGCUAUGUCAAAGCCUAGUCAGGAACUUAGUGAUAUCGUGGAAGAACCUAAACUGUAUAUUGAGGUUUAGAGCUCAGAGUCUGAUAGUGUAUUGGAGAAGUGCUCUCCCUUCGAUUCUGAAGGUUUUGUUUCAUUUGUUCAUUUAGUGAUACUGCCAACUUGAAACUCAUUACGAUUUUACGUAAUACUUGACCUUCUAAUUCUUUGUUAUUCGAUGGCGUAGUGCUUUUGUCAGAAGAUUUCUUGUGCUGUAAGUGUUCUGCUUUAGAGUGUAAAAUUCUGUGAUGUUAAUGUGCCUCUUCAUUGUGUUUAUCGUAAGAUAGACUUGGUUACUGGGCCUGUAACUGUUGGUGUUAGAACAGAACUUCCUAUAGUCCGUUUCACGGUUAUCCAAGAGUUUUCUCCCCUGUAACGUUUUUCGCCCUAUGUGCGCAGGUGCGGAAUGUCAUGUCGCUUCCGGAUAGUUUACCGGAUAGUUGUCAAAUGCAAAAAUGUAAACAGCUAUGGGGAAGAUUUAUUGUUGUGUAACAGGUUGCUCAAACUACAGCGGAAAAUUAAUUGACAACAGGAAGGUAUCACUGCAUCGAUUUCCUGUGGACAGCAAGAUUUCAAGAGCCUGGGAGCAACGGGUUAAGUGUUUUAGGAAGAACUUUACAUUAAAAAACACCACUCGUUUGUGUAGUGAACAUUUUGUUGGGAUAGGUGGUCCGUCUGCAGAAUAUCCGAUCCCGAGUGUUUUCCCUCAAAAAACCUUCAAAACAUCCAAGAUUUCUGAUUCCCUGUGCACACCACACAUAAUUUUAAAAGGGGAAGAUGAUAAUUCUUCUGGAGAGAAUGAAGAUGGUGUUCUGCAGAGCUCUCUCCAUGCCAACAUUUCUUUUCUGGAGACCUCAGUGUUUAUGCAUGACUAUGCAGGAGUAAUUUCAGAGAACCAUGUGUGUUCCCAGACUAAUAAGUCUGAGCAAACAGAUGAUGUUGUGAUACUGUCAAGGGAGGAGUUUGAAGAACUCUGCUGUCUUCCACACCCUUCAGAAGAAGAGACAAAACAAAACACUGUUGAUGUAGGAAUUCAGUGCAAAUUACCAGACAUAACUAUUGAGGACAUCAAAAACAAUGAUGAUGAUGUGAUGUUUUACACUGGACUCCCAUCCUUUCCUGCUCUCAUUAUGAUUUUGAGCCGUCUAAAAACCCGCGCAAACAACAUGUCUUACUGGAGGGGCAACCAUUCAGCUGGCGAGAAAAGGUAUCAGAGAAGUGGAAAACAGAAACCCGGACCAAAAAGGAAACUGAGAAUUGAAGAUGAAUUUCUCCUAGUGAUGAUGAGAUUACGACUUGGUUUGUUGUUGGAGGACCUAGCCAGAAGAUUUUGUAUCAGUGUGACAACUUGCUGCAACAUUUGGCGAACGUGGGUGCAAUUUUUGGCUCAGGAUCUGGUUCCUUUGCUUAUGUUUUGGCCAAGUAAGGAAGCAGUCCAAAGUAACAUGCCAGCCACAUUUAGGAGACGAUAUCCAAAUACACGUGUUAUACUGGACUGUACCGAGAUACGGACAGAGACACCAGAAUCUACCAGAGCUAAGUCACUGCUGUAUUCAAACUAUAAGUCUCAUAUGACCUGGAAGGUUUUGGUAGGCAUCACACCAGCUGGAGUGCCUAGUUUGGUGACAUCUUGUUAUGCUGGCAGCAUCUCAGACAAAAAGAUUACAGAGAAGUCUGGAGUGGUAGAUAUGUGUGAUGAUGGUGAUGCAAUCAUGGUGGACAAAGGAUUUCUUAUAUCAGACAUGACUACUCCUAAGAACAUCCAACUGAUCAUACCACCAUUCAAGAGGAAACAUAGAAAAUUCUCCAGGAGGGAGGUGGAAACAACCCGACGAAUCGCAAAUCUUCGUAUUCAUGUUGAGCGACAGAUGCAACGUAUCAAACUCUUUCGUAUACUGAACGGUGUAAUGCCUAUCAGCUCUGCAGAUACAGCUUCAAAUGUUUUUAAGAUCUGUACAGCACUGACAAUACUGUAUCCCCCUCUGAUUCGCGGAUAACUAUAACUUUUACUCUUAUUACUUGUUGAUACAGAACAAUUUUCUGGACAGUUGUGUUGUAUAAUUUCUCAAUAUCAAUGCAUGAUAUAAUAUAGUCAUCAAGUUCAAAUCCAACUAUGAUAUUUAAAUAAUUUUAAAUCAUAAGGGUGGAUAAUUUGUGUUUUGAGUACAUGCUGAGUCAUCAGAAGAACACAUAACCAUAAGAUGCAAGUAAUAGGUGUUAAAUCAAGUUCAAUCUUUGGAUGAUAUAUAUUUAUCAAUAGUAAUCCUUAUAAUUAGCACUUUUGAGAAAUUGUGUUUUUUUUUGUAUAUAUAUAUGUACUUCUGAUGUAAUAUAUACAGAAUAUGAAAGUUAUGUUCAGAACUACCAUGUAUUUACUAGAUCUGCAUACAUGUGAAAGUGUACAUGUCUUAUUUUACAGUACGCUGGAGAGCCGGGUUCAAACAACUUGUGCUUCAAAGUUUAUGACACCUUCAUACAUGUGUAAAUCUUGAUUGUGAUCUGAUCAUCAGAUACUGUACAUUAAUUUCUAAUUUCAUUAUCAUAUGAGAAAUAACUGUGAAUAAAUCAUCUGAAAUCUACUUCAAAGUUAACAAUGAUGGCCUUGAAUAUAUAGGUCAAGGCUGAACUAUCUGGAAGUAUAUCAGAUUAAAAUUAAUUAAGACAAUCUUCUUGCUAAUGAGUUGGUUAAGUUCAAGUUUUAAUCUUAAACAUUUCUAUUUCAGGAAUACUAAGAUUCAUUAAAGUGUUAAAUGUUAUGUUAUUGCAGAUGAUCCUGGAUAGGAUUUCCAUCCACUACUUGCCCAGGUGUGAUGAGUCUUGAUAUUUGUGAAAGU